AUGGACGACCCAACCAUCCACGCCGCGGACGGAGAGCGACCGUUCCCGCCGGCCGAUUACACCACGCCACGAUGGCCGUCUCUGUUCUGGCCGCCCCUUGAGGACCGGUUUGUCCUUUACCAUCUCGACGACAUGUGGCGCUUCACGUUGAUCUGGACCUUCGUGAUGUACGCCUGCUUUCACUGGGCUGCCAUAGGCAUCGCGCUCAUCGUGCAGAUUGGCAAGAAGAAGACAAAUUGGAAGUACCUGUGGACGGUACCUAUCAUCUAUUCGGCCAUCGCAGCGGUUGAGGCGUUGGUCGCGGGAAGCGUCACUGGGUCGGUGCCAUUUACAGAGCCGCUGGGUGGUACAUGA